AGAAAAGCAUUGAUCUUAAAGCGGUUAAUGGUAUUGUUUAUAAAUUGUUGAUUCCAUGUGACUUUUCAGAAUUAAUAUAUUUAUACAAUCCGCUCGUAUGCUGUGCUUGAAGGCACACACACACACAUGGCCCGGGUGAUCAAAUUGAAGGAUUGGUGACCUUCCUUUCUUAAUUGCUAACCAACAACCAUUCUUCACUUGAUUAUAAAUCAGUUCCCAAGUUCCUCCUCGAUCUGGAAUUUGUGCCAUUAAUUUUGUAUAAUCAAUUUCUGAAUGAGAGAUACAUAUUCUGCAUUGGAUGCUAGUUGUUAUUAGUGUCAGUGUGUUGGUUGUUCUCUAACUGUGAAUAUAUUGUGGUUACGCCUGUGCUUUUGCCAAUUAUGGUAGAGGAUAGUUAUAUCUGUACUUGGUAGACUUGUAUGAUUGUAUCUCCCUCUCAUAAGUGAUGAAACUUGUGCGGGGUAAGUUAACUAAAAGUUCUCAAAAUAAUAGAGUAUUGGCACGCUGUAGCACUAGCAGAUACGUAGGACAGAAUGGGUAGGUAAAACUGUAGCACGAGCCUUGAGAGUUGACUCUCUCUUUUAAAGUUUCAUCGUCUAGAGUUUAGAUCACCUCCACUGCUCUGCCAAACAUGUCAGCUUGUGAUGAUCUUCUGCAUCCUCAUCCUCAUCCUCAUGUAGCUCUUCUCCCUAGUGCGGGCAUGGGCCACCUCACACCCUUCCUUAGACUCGCUACACAGCUUGUUCACCACCAUUGCAAUGUCACCCUCAUCACCACCCACCCAAUUGUCUCACUUUCUGAGUCUAAGCUAAUCACCCACUUCCUCACUGCUUUCCCUCAAGUCAACCAAGUGAAAUUCAAUCUUCUCCCUUCGGAUCACACCACUGCCAACUCCACUGACCCCUUUUUUCUUCAUUUUGAAACAAUUCGUCGCUCAGCUCAUCUCCUCUCUCCUCUCCUUGCUUCACUUUCACCAGCACUUCAUGCUCUUGUUUGUGAUGUGACCUUGAUUUCCUCUGUUAUUCCUGUUACUGAAAGCUUACAUCUUCCUAACUACAUUCUUUUCACUUCAUCAGCUAAAAUGUUAUCCUUCUUUUCAUACUUCCAUAUUUAUGCAUCCAAAGCUGGUGAUGAUGAUCCUGCUAUGCUUGGUGAUGUUGAAAUUCCAGGCCUUCCUUCAAUACCCAGAUCUUCAAUCCCUCCAUUACUUCUAAUACCAAAUAAUAUUUUUGCAAAUAUAUUCAAGGUAGACAGUCCCAAAGUUACCAAGUCAAAUGGGGUUUUGAUCAAUACCUUUGAGGGGCUUGAAGCACUGUCACUGGAGUUGCUUAAUGGUGGAAAAGUAGUUGAGGGGAUGCCUCCUGUGUUUGCUGUUGGUCCUCUUGUGCCAUGUGAUUUUGAGAAGGGAGAGUUGGGUAAUAAUCAAUUGAAGUGGCUCAAUGAGCAGCCAGUUGGGUCAGUGGUGUAUGUCAGCUUUGGUAGCAGGACAGCCAUGUCCAGGGAUCAAAUAAGAGAGAUAGGACAUGGGUUAAUUAGAAGUGGGUGUAGGUUUUUGUGGGUGGUGAAGGACAAGAAAGUUGACAAGGAGGAAGACGAGGGUUUGGAAGAGGUGGUGGGGCAUGAACUCAUGGAGAGUUUGAAGGCAAAGGGAUUGGUGGUGAAGAAUUGGGUGGACCAAGGAGAGAUACUUGGUCACAAUGCUGUGGGAGGCUUUGUGAGCCAUUGUGGUUGGAACUCGGUAAUUGAGGCUGCUUGGCAUGGUGUGCCAAUUUUAGCAUGGCCACAGCAUGGGGAUCAGAAGAUUAAUGCAGAGGUGGUGGAGAGAAGUGGGCUUGGGAUGUGGGUCACAAGUUGGGGGUGGGGUGAAAAGGAUAUGGUGAAGGGGGAUGAGUUUGUGGAGAGAAUUAGAGAGAUGAUGGGUAGUGAAUUGUUGAGAGGGCAAGCUACACACAUUAGAGAAGAGGCAAGGAAAGCUCUUGGAGAUGGUGGAAGUUGUGAGAUGACUUUUAAAAGACUUGUUGCAGAGUGGAAGAUGAAAAGUGGUUGUGUUUCUGGUUCUAAAUGACAGCUUUGUGCUUUGAUAGACUAUUCUCCAAAUUAUGUUUGGAGGUGGAAUAUUAGAGUUGUAAUUUGGAAAUUUUUAUUGUUAAUUUUCAUUGUUUGGAUUUACAGGACAACAA